CAGCAGAAAGCCCACGUUGGCGGCUGCCGGGAGCGCAGCGCUCUGAGGCGGGAGACUGCGAAUUCCCCAGCCGACGCCGCAGCCUCUGGUCCGCGCCCUGGCCCUCUUCUCUCCCUUCGCCUCCGAGAGUGAGUUCCUCCGGGUAUCCGAGAGAUCGCGGAGAGGAAAGCGAGAUCUUGGCCGCUUCUACUUGGGGAGGCGUGUGGAGAUUCCGAGGGGGAGCGACGGUGCCCGAGGGCGGAGGGGCGCCGAGUUUUGGGCCAGAGGGAAGUUAAAGCUGCACGGAGAAGACUGGCUUUUUAGGACGCGGGGUCGCCACAGCCCGGGACCCGCGGCGGGGUAAACUUCACGAUCGUCCUACAAGCCAGGAGGGACGUGCGCAGGGAUGGUGCCCGGCAUCGCCCCCAGUUCCUGAGCUGUUGCCUCCGGUCCCCCUCGGCCAGCCUCCUGCAAGGGCACAGGGCAGCGCACGUGUGCGGACUGCGAGUGACCGCGCCGUGACCCGUCCAGGGGUGUCGGCUGCAGCGCAGUCCUGCCUAGGACACACCUGGCUCAACCCGUGCGCCUCCAGAGACCCGUGGGAGGGUGGAGAUCCUGGCCAUCGCCCCUUCGUUUCUCCUCCGCCUGGGCUUCUGGGGGCGCCGCGGAUGACCAUGAGAGAUAAGGACUGAGUGCCAGGAACUGGAAGAGAGCCCGCCGAGAGGUGGCGGGGGCUGCCCACGCCAAGGGCCACAGCCGCCGCGCUCCGGCCUCGCUCCGCCGCUCGACGUCUCGAGUGGCUUGCCCGGGCAGCCGGGCCGGGCGGCAAUGCCCGGGCUGGGGCGAAGGGCGCAGUGGCUGUGCUGGUGGUGGGGGCUGCUGUGCAGCUGUGGACCCCCGCCACUGCGGCAACCUCUGCCGCUAGCCGCGGCCGCCGCCGGGGGGCAGCUGCUGGGAGCCGGCGGGAGCCCGGUGCGUGCAGAGCAGCCGCCGCCGCAAUCCUCUUCGGGCUUCCUCUAUCGGCGGCUCAAGACCCACGAGAAGCGGGAGAUGCAAAAGGAGAUCCUGUCGGUGUUGGGGCUCCCGCACAGGCCGCGCCCCCUGCACGGUCUCCAGCAGCCUCAGUCCCCCGUGCUCCCGCAGCAGCAGCAACAGAUCCGCGAGGAGCCCCCUCCAGGGCGGCUGAAGUCCGCUCCGCUCUUCAUGCUGGAUCUCUAUAACGCCCUGUCCGCCGAUGACGAAGAGGAUGGGGUGUUGGAGGGAGACAGACAGGAACCUAGACCCCACGGAGGGGCCAGCUCGUUCCAGCGCAAACAGCCGUCCCCUGGCGCUGCACACUCCCUGAACCGCAAGAGCCUCUUGGGACCGGGACCGGGCGGCGGUGCGUCUCCACUGACCAGCGCGCAGGACAGCGCUUUCCUCAACGACGCGGACAUGGUCAUGAGCUUUGUGAACCUGGUGGAGUGCGACAAGGAGUUCUCCCCACGCCAGCGACACCACAAAGAGUUCAAGUUCAACUUAUCCCAGAUUCCCGAGGGUGAGGCGGUGACGGCUGCAGAGUUCCGCGUCUACAAGGACUGUGUUGUGGGGAGUUUUAAAAACCAAACUUUUCUUAUCAGCAUUUACCAAGUCUUACAGGAGCAUCAGCACAGGGACUCUGACCUAUUUUUGUUGGACACCCGUGCAGUGUGGGCCUCAGAAGAAGGCUGGCUGGAAUUUGACAUCACAGCAACUAGCAAUCUGUGGGUGGUGACUCCACAGCACAACAUGGGACUCCAGCUGAGUGUGGUGACUCAGGAUGGACUCCACGUCAACCCCCGCGCGGCGGGCCUGGUGGGCAGAGACGGCCCUUACGACAAGCAGCCCUUCAUGGUGGCCUUCUUCAAGGUGAGCGAGGUCCACGUGCGCACCACCCGGUCAGUCUCCGGUCGGCGUCGGCAGCAGAGUCGCAACCGUUCCACCCAGUCACAGGACGUGUCCCGGGGCUCCAGUGCUUCAGACUACAACAGCAGUGAAUUAAAAACAGCCUGCAAAAAGCACGAACUUUACGUGAGCUUCCAGGACCUGGGAUGGCAGGAUUGGAUCAUUGCACCCAAAGGCUAUGCUGCCAACUACUGUGAUGGAGAGUGUUCCUUCCCACUCAACGCGCAUAUGAAUGCCACCAACCAUGCCAUUGUACAGACCUUGGUUCACCUUAUGAAUCCCGAGUACGUGCCCAAGCCAUGCUGUGCACCAACUAAGCUCAAUGCCAUCUCAGUUCUUUACUUUGACGAUAACUCCAACGUCAUCUUGAAAAAAUACAGGAAUAUGGUCGUGAGAGCUUGCGGUUGCCAUUAAGGCAAAGCCCGUUGCUAGUGACUCUGCCUUGGAUUCCUGCCUAAAUCUGCCUUAACACACACGAAGAAGCACAGCGAAGUGGGACGAUGGCACUGGAAGCAUCUCCCGCUGGUGCUUUUGCCCAAGGGGGAUCUUAGGAAGACCUUGCUGACAACGUCCCCAGGUCAUACCUGAGCAGUUGCUGUCUGUAGGAAGUUGUAGUGCUUUUGGUACAGGCCUGGUACCUGCAGAUCACCGCCCCCAGCCCCACCCAGACUAGUUUUAGCAUUUAGAUCUGUUUGCAGUGUGAGUAGAGAAUAACCUCGGAGGAAUAUGAAAUACACCUGAUGAAAAGAACAGCUGCUUCAGUAGCACUGGGAGAUUCUGCAGGUAACAGAAUGCAGGGGAAGGGGGAGCACUAUCAGAUUCCAUUCCCAGCAAGGCCAGCUCACCCUAGACCUGCAUCCUGGCCACCAACAUGCUCUGGGGAGGAUCCUUUUGUCUGCUGUUGUGGUCACAUGGUUUUUGUUGUUAUUGGUGGCGGUGUGAAAAUGUACUAAUUUCGGUCGAAACAAACUGAAGCACUUCUGCACCCCUUCUUCCCUGAAGUCUUUACUAGAACCCAAAGUAGAAGGGCCAUACUGUGUGGUAGGGCGUGAAGCAUCUGCCGCAGCCUUCCUCUAAGCCAUGGACCAGCAGAAAGUGACUGCAGCUCUCAGCGGGCUCCACAAGCACAUUGACACAGGAACACCGGCUCCACACACCAGCUCUCCAACUGCUCUGCCUUUUCCCUACAGUAGCACCCACGGCUCAGGACUAGUCUGCAGCAGAGACCCUGCCUCUAAGAAUUGGUUUGUCGAGGUGAGCAUGGUAUUUGUGAACCAAAACCACAGUUUCCUCUUGUAGAAAGUAAGAAUCAGAUUAAAUCUUAGGAUAUUUUUUAGAUGUCUUUUUCACAAUCAUGUACUGGGAAGCAAUUUCGUACUAAACUGAUUAAAUAACACAUUUAUAAUCUGUAACUGUACUUACAGCUUUUUUUGUAAAUAGAAACUAUAAUUUAUUGUCUAUUUUAUAUCCAUUUUGCUGUAACAUUUAAGCAAAGACCAGACCUUUUCUU